AUAACUUUUGUUGCUGCAUUCUGUUCUGUUCGAUGGUUGCUUGGCGGAUCGGCCGCCCUCCAUGGAAUCCAGCUAUAUAUGAUAAUCUCCAAGGCCCAAUUACACAUCUUGCAGCUAAUACUGGGAGAAGCACUACGAGUGCGCUAGAGAGAGAUGGUGGCAGGCGGCGGCGGCGGCUUGAGCAGGGAGGGGCGGUGGAGCCUGGCCGGCGCGGCAGCGCUCGUCACCGGCGGCAGCAAAGGGAUCGGGCAUGCAAUCGUGGAGGAGCUGGCCGGGUUCGGGGCCCGUGUGCACACCUGCUCCCGGAACGCGGCGGAGCUCGAGGAGUGCCGCCGCCGGUGGGAGGAGAAGGGGCUCGCCGUCACCGUCUCCGUAUGCGACGUCUCGAUACGUGCCGAGAGGGAGAAGCUCAUGGAGACCGUCAAGAACUUUCAGGGGAAGCUUGACAUUCUGGUAAACAACGCGGGGCAAUUGCUUUUCAAUGCGCCUACGGAUUGGACCUCGGAGGAGUACUCACAUCUCAUGGCAACUAACUUGGAAUCGAGUUUCCACCUUAGCCAGCUUGCGCACCCGCUCCUCCUUUGCUCGCCCAUCGCCGGAGGGGCUAGCGUCGUCAACAUCUCAUCCAUUGGAGGAUUGGUCGGUUUCCCAGGCAUUGCGGUUUAUGCCGUCACCAAAGGAGCAAUGAACCAGCUUACAAGGAGCUUGGCCACUGAGUGGGCCCAUGACAAGAUUCGUGUGAAUGCCAUCGCCCCAGGGAUGGUCACUAGCGAGAUGACAAGAAACAUAGAGCCGGAGGUCCUUGAAGAGGAGCACUCCAGGAUCCUAAUGGGGCGAAGUGGCGAGCCCGUGGAGGUCGCGGCCGCGGUGUCAUUUCUCUGUAUGCCAGUGGCCUCCUUUAUCACCGGCCAAGUCAUUGUCGUCGAUGGAGGUCGAACCAUUUAUUAGUGCUUAAUGGAUGUGACGCAAGUUUAAGAUGUAUCGAAAAAUAAAAUAUCUAAACUGAUGUCGAAAUUCAAUUCCUACUCAUGGCAGAGGCCAUCUCAAAAGAGCAAAGCAAUAUCUUGAUUCCUUGUUGUGUUU